AUGACUACUAAUGUUUUUGGCAAUUCCUUACCACUUCCUAACUUGAGUUCCAUUUCUGCUAUCGGUAGUUGGGCUGAAGCAGUAGAGCAAGAAACGUUAAGUGGGACUCAUGAAUCCAUGAAAGAUGGCGUCAAAACUGUUACAGAUAUAAUAAGCGAUGAAGGUGGUAAAUAUAAGAUUAUAACUACUUUUAAAGUAGUAACGAAGAAGGUACCUAGAGUGAUAGCGGGGAGGAAGAAAUGGAGGAAAUUUGGUCAGUGCAAAAAUGAUGGUCCUGGACCGCAUGUGUCAACAACAUAUGUUGCCGAAGAAGUCGUUAUGCAGUUUGUUCGGAAUCGAGCGGGAGAACAGCAACUGGAUGUCGGUGAGGAAUCGACGAAAGUUGCCACUUCUACAGGAAGCUCAUUCACACAUUGUCGUUAUUGCAAAUCAGAUGAACAUUGGUCGGUAAAUUGUCCAUACAAGUCGAUGUAUGCGAAAGAUGAAGAAGAUGUGGAAAAUAAAGAAAAAGAUACAAAGGCGACUUCAGGUGUGUCAGGAACAGGCAAAUAUGUUGCUCCAGGAAUGCGAGGCGAUCGUGCAGCGGUUGUUUGUAGUACUGAACGAAGAUCAGAGGAAAAUACUUGUAGGGUUACAAAUUUACCAGAAGAAUGUGGUGAAAUGGAACUUCGUACGCUUUUUGGUAAGGUUGGCGCUGUGAGUCGGGUAUUUAUAGCAAAGGAUAAACAUACAAAUAAGCCAAAAGGAUUUGCAUUUGUCACAUUCGAUCAACGCAAUCAGACAGAAACUGCAAUUCAAAAAUUGAAUGGAUAUAAGCUCAAUCAUCUCGUGUUGAAAGUAGAGUGGACAAGCAAUUUAUCAUCUGUUACUAUUGAUAUUAAUUUGAUGGGUUUGCUUGAAAUUCUGAGGAAACAGAGAUUGAGGGAGAAAGAAGUACGCAUAAUAAUCCUGGGCCUUGAUAAUGGUGGUAAAACAACUGUGUUAAAGCGGUUGAAUGGUGAAGAUAUUGAUCAAAUAACGCCAACAUUUGGUUUCAAUAUUAAGACACUGGAGUAUAAAGGGAUGAAAUUGAAUAUGUGGGAUGUUGGAGGGCAAAAAAGUUUGCGUUCUUAUUGGCGAAAUUAUUUCGAACGAACAGAUGGUGUCAUAUGGGUCGUUGAUGCGACUGAUGUUAGUAGAAUGGAAGAUUCGAGGCUCGAGCUCGAGUCGUUAUUGGUAUUACUUUUCUGA